AUGACAGAAUCUAGAUUAAGCCAAGACUUAAUUCCCCUUCUUUUUGGGUCGUCAAACUAUAAACGUAAACAGUCUGCAGAUCUUGAAAUCAAAAUGAGUAGCAGAAGGGCUAAUGGAUCAAAACAUCCAUCUGUAGUUGAAAAGAUACAUGGUCAACCUUACCUCUUCACCAAGUAUUUUUCUUCCAAAUCCUUCACAUCAGGGAUCCAAUUUCACUGCAGUGGAAGCCCAUAUUUGAAUGGAGGACAGCAUAAUCCUUUGCUGCCAGCUUGUCAAAUGGCUUCAUCAGUUCUGAUUCCUCCACAAGUUUUUGUAGGACAGCCAACAGAAAAACGCAAUGUUCCCACUCUAACUCAAUUUUUGGUAGGACUGUCAAAUAUAGUUAACAUGACAGCAGCUGCUCCGAUUGGGCGAGUCCUGAGUUGUGCUUUUGAGAGCCAUUUUAAGAGUAUUCGGGGAUAUUAUAAGAUAGACAAAGAUGGUUUCUGGAAAUGGUUUGCAAGUAUCUCUUUGGCAGGGGGUCUUGCCAGUGCUACAUAUAGUUUUUUUACACAUCCAUUGUAUUAUGCCCAGACACGCCUGGCCAAUGAUAUCAAGACUUGCAGAGAGAGCAAAAGGCAGUUCAAUGGUCUAGUUGAUGUCUGCAAGAAAACACUCAGAUCGGAUGGCAUUGCUGGAAUUUACCGUGGGUGCAAUGUUUCAGUUCUUGAAGGUAUUUUGCGUGACUGGGCAUUGACUGGAAUUAUAAAGGCCACGAGCCCAUGGCUGUUACUUGGAUUGCUUGGGCUGCGGGUUAGUAGAAACAUAAGAACAUAUAAGUAUUGCUGA